UUGACACCAUGAAGAUCCCAGUUCUCCCCGCUGUGGUCCUGCUCUCCCUCCUGGCCCUGCACUCGGCCCGGGGAGCUGCCCUGGGGAGUUCUGAGGAGGUCAACACGGUCAGCAACUAUGCCUCAGGCCCCGAGGCCUAUAACGCUCAGUUCCUGAACAUUGAUAAGUUGCGAACUGCCUUUAAGACUGACGAAUUCCUGAACUGGCACGCCCUCUUUGAGUCUAUCAAAAGGAAACUUCCUUUCCUCAACUGGGAUGCCUUCCCCAAGUUGAAAGGGCUGAGGAGCGCCGAGCCUGACUCUCAGUGAUCAUGCCCCCCUCCGAGAUGCAUCUCUGCUGACCCGGCUGCAGGAAGGCGCGGUGUGGCUCCGAAGGUCACCCUGAAACCCUCCACUCCAGAAUCAGUA